AACAUAAUCACAUGAAAGAGUAAAGGGCACGUCAUGACUCAGGGAUGUUGUUUCCUGGAGACCAAUCUGAAUGCUUCUCCCGCAAACGUGCUGCAUCUGUUCAGCCACCAGUCAUGGAGAUUGCCGGCGAGAUCUCAGCCCGCAUUUAAAUGCGAGCGCAUCCAGGCAGCAAUUUGUCGGAGUGCAUGCAGCUCACGGCGAGGCUGGGGAUGCGGGCUGAUUUACUAUCUGGUGUGAACACGGAGUAAGUAGUGCGCAGCCCGGGCGCUCUGCACAGCUGCGGGUCCAGCUGCGCUGAAUGGCACUUUCACUGCAAUUUCACGUGUUUACCUCGCCACCCGCGAUCAAUGGACAGCACCCCCUCCCAUAGCGCUGGCUAUGGUGCUGAACCCUGCUUUACUCUGCGGCAGCCUUGCCUCCGCCGCCGCUGCCGCAUCUCUCACCAUUGCUCCGUCGACGUUUGCUCGAAACAAAACCAUCCACUUAUUCGAACCGGCUUUCUGAAAGUUGUCAGAUAGACGGCGGGGAUUACACCACCGAGGGAAAAUAAUGAAAGGUGCAGUGAUGGAUAAUGAGGGUUAUUUAUUCCCAUCUUCCACGCUGAGAAAUUGAAAUCGCCGGUUUCCACCCAAUUGAUCUUUCCAACUCGAAAGCGGUCUUUUGGGGGAUGUCAGUCGCUUUCCAGCACAAAAAAAUAAUUAAAAAAAUACGGGAAGAUCGAGCGCAGGCCUGUUUUAGGGAUCAUAUUCUGCACUCAGUGACGAAUGCACAACAUCAUAGAGCACCACCCGGACAUGGCUACUGCGCUGUUAGCUGGAGAAAAGCUCAAAGAGCUCAUCCUACCGGGACAACAAGAUGAAAAAGGCUCGCCCUUUGCAGCCUUCAUGGUGCAAAUCAAGCUAGAACUCCCCUUCGACAGAGUAGUGUCCAUCGGCACUGUCAUUAUCCCCAUCCUCUUGGUCACAUUGGUAUUUACUAAAAAUUUUGCAGAAGAGUCGAUUUACUGUUACACGCCGAGCAAUUUCACUCGUGAUCAGGCUUUGUACGCCAGAGGUUACUGCUGGACUGAGCUUAAAGAUGCAGUGCCAGGUGUUGAAGCCAGCCAGAGGCCUUCCUUGUUUGAACACAAGUUCCUCCCCUAUGCACUGCUGGCCUUCGCUGGGAUAAUGUACAUCCCCGCCCUGGCCUGGGAGUUCCUCGCCUCGACCCGGCUGACUUCUGAACUCAACUUCUUGCUUCAGGAGAUCGACAAUUGCUACCACCGCGCCGCAGAGGGACGGGCUCCCAAAAUUGAGAGGCAGAUCCAAUCCAAAGGGGCGGGCAUCACGGAGAAGGAGAAGAGGGAGAUCAUUGAAAACGCGGAGAAUGAGAAGAGCCCGGAGCAAAACCUGUUUGAGAAAUAUUUGGAGCGUCGAGGGCAGAGCAAUUUCCUGGCCAGACUGUACCUCUCCAGGCAGCUGUCUGUCGUAUUUUUGAGCGUCAUCCCCAUCACGUAUCUCUGCACCUAUUACGCCAACCAAAAGCAGAAUGAAUUCACCUGCCCCUUGGGAGAGCCCCCGGACUUGUCCAGCGACGAGAUGCUUCACGUCCUUGUCAACUGCAAACUGCCCUCGGUGCAGAUGCAACGCAUUAUUGCCAUUGUGGACAUUGUUCUGCUCUGCUUCAUCAACCUCAUCAUUUUGAUAAACCUAAUUCACCUUUUUAUAGUUCGUAAAUCCAACUUUAUUUUUGAUAAGCUACACAAAGUUGGAAUCAAGACUAGAAAACAGUGGCAAAAGUCACAGUUUUGUGACAUUAACAUUUUGGCUAUGUUUUGCAAUGAAAACCGUGACCACAUCAAGUCACUGAACCGGUUGGAUUUUAUCACAAAUGAGAGUGACCUCAUGUAUGACAAUGUUGUCCGGCAGUUGCUGGCUGCUCUGGCCCAGUCCAACCACGAUGUUACACCAACAAUGAGGGAUGCAGGGAUCCAGACAAUUGACCCCAGCGUUGACCCAACUGACAUCGAUGCCAAUGAGCAACUGAUCAUAAAGAGGCCCAGGAAGAAAAUGAAGUGGAUUCCAACCACAAACCCACUGCACCAGCCUUUCAAAGAGCCUUUGGCUGUCUUGAAGUUUGAAAACAAAGGAGACAAGCCCAAACCGGUCAGACGCAAGGUGGCGACGGAUGGUCUUGCCAUUCCUCUCCUUGACUCCACUCCAAAGUAUUUCCAAAAUCAAUCUUCCAACAAAAGUGAGGGGAGCAUCCCUGCCAACAGCGAGAAAAAGCAUAGUCGCCACUUGUCUUUGGAUGUUCAUCCUUACAUUCUUAACACCAAAAAGGUGAAGCCCGAAAGUCAGGAAAGUUGCAUAUCUAAGAGUCAAGAGGGAGACUUUUUGCAUUCAGAGGAGAACAUACUGGCACAUGUGGCAUCUCCCAUCAAAGAUAGUAAUCUGUCUGAAGGAGGUGCUGCAAGCAAUAUUAAAUGUUCAUCAGAGAGCUGCCUAACACUACCUGACAGUAGACCUUUUGGUAUCAACUUUAUGAACAACUUGCCUACUAUAGAAAAAGAUAUCCGUGAAACAAGAUUGCAAUUCAAUCGUAACCCUACUCUCCCACUAAUCGACAUCCAGAAUAUUCAAACGCUCUAUGAAGACCAUGAGGAUGAAGUAUUUGCUCCCAGCUUGCUAAAUGCAAAAGUAAUCUCCUCUGCGAAUACAGAAGAUCUAUCCAUAUGUUCACCAGAGAAUAUAUUACUGACUACAUUUGAAGACCCGAUAGUAAUGAUUAGCACAAUAGAAUACUAGCAUAGUAGGUAUGCAGCAGCAUUAUCCUUUCACAUGGCUGAUAUUGCAUCAUUGAAAGACGGCAUUGGCACAAGUAAUAAUCUCUCCAUCAGUGUAGGUAACACAUCAAGCAAAUAGUGUUCUCGAUGUGUCCAUGUGAGUUUCAUUAGAUGCAAGUUAACCAACAGGCAUGUUUCCUAACCCAAAAAACAAAUAUCUUUAAGUCAACAAGCUCUCAAGAUUCAACAAUUAUUUAUGGUGCUUAGCUUUCCUAAUUGUAUCUUGAGUUUUAAAAUCUAUCCUAACACUGCCAGCAAUGUGAUGCAACAAAGAAGCGAUGGACUGACAACUGGAGUUUAAAGGCAAAUGGUUGAUGGACUAUAAUUUGCAAGGCGUUUCUGUCAGAAUGCAUGAACAUGCCAGUGCUGUCGAAGAUACACUGUCAGAGAGAAUAGAAGGAAGCAAUCUUCACUGGGUCUUUGUUAGAGAUAUCAAUAAAGAGCCAAUAAAUGUUUACACAAUUUAUUUUUACACAUUUUUUUUAAUAGUAUAUUGCUCACAUGAGAAAACUGCUAAAUAGCACAAAAAUGCAAUAAACAGGGGGGAGAGCCACAAAGCUCCAAAGCAGCUGUAACCUCUUCCUUUCACUUCAGUUUUUAAGGACUUUUACACUUGCAUUUUUAUUUCCUGACGUUAUAAUUCUGUAUUCUAUUUCUUAGGAAAUGCAAAUGCAUCUGCUGUAUGUGAAGGAUAGCAAUA